GAGGCGACCGAAGCAGUGAGAGAGACGGUUAAGUUAGCAGUUGGCUGUGACAGUAAUAGUACAGUGUAUGUACAGGUUGAGUUGUUCUGACAGAGAAUAAAUGCUGCAACUCCUCAAGAUUAAAGCUGAAUUCCCGUUUCUUGCUUGCUACCUGUUGAUAAAGUGGAGGGAGUUAACCCCGAAGUUAGCGGUGACUUCGGUCCUGGAGUAGUAAACAAAGUCUCCCCUGUGUGACCACGGUCUGGACGCUGAAGCAGGAAAGGUCAGCCUGGAUGAUCAUGGGAGUUGCACAGUCUGUUUGUCUCUGGAGAAAGAAAACUACUCGUUGUCGGUAAAGUUGUAGAGACUGAAGUUCAGAAUGAAGAUGUUGGUUUUUCUGGCCCUCUUGGGUCUACACAGCGCGGCGGCAGUGACUCACUCUCUGAAGUAUUUCUACACUGCAUCUGUUGGAGUACCAAACUUCCCAGAGUUUGUGAUUGUUGGCUUACUUGAUGAUGUUCAAAUGGAUAUCUGUGACAGCAACACUAAGAGAGCAGAACCCAAAGCAGACUGGAUGAACAAAGUCACAGCAGAUGAUCCACAAUACUGGGAGCGUCAAACUCAGACCUGUUUGGAUACCCAUCGGUCCUUCAAAGGAAAGAUCGGCAUUGUAAAGCAGCGCUUCGGCCAAACUGGAGGUGCCCACAUUGUCCAGAACAUGUACGGCUGUGAAUGGGACGAUGAGACUGAUAAGGUGGUUGAUGGUUUCUUUCAGUUUGGUUAUGAUGGAGAAGACUUCAUUAAUUUUGACCUGAAGACAGAGACAUGGAUCGCUCCAAAACAGGAGGCUGAAAUAACCAAAAAUAAGUGGAAUAACAACAAAGCUUUGAUCGCACAGACAAAGAACUACCUCACCCAGACUUGUCCUGACUGGCUGAAGAAGUACGUGAACUACGGGAAGAGCUCUCUGAUGAGAACAGACCUUCCCUCAGUGUUUCUCCUCCAGAAGACUCCCUCCUCUCCAGUCAGCUGCCACGCUACAGGUUUCUACCCUCACAGAGCUGAAAUGUUCUGGAGGAAAGAUGGAGAGGAACUUUAUGAGGAACAUGGAGAGAUCCUCCCCAACCAUGAUGGAUCCUUCCAGAUGAGUGUUGACUUGGACCUUUCAUCAGUCAAACCUGAAGACUGGAGGAGGUUCGAAUGUGUGUUUCAGCUCUCUGGUCUAAAGGACAACAUCAUCACCAAACUGGACAAAAGAGAAAUUCAGACGAAUUUUGGCAAGACUGGAAUCAGAAGUGAUGGAUGUUCUUCAGAGUUUCCUGUUGGUGUUGUCAUUGGAGUUGUUGUCGUGCUGCUGCUCCUGGUAGCCGCCAUCGUUGGAUACGUCCUCUGGAAAAAGAACAAUAAUGGGUUUAAACCUGCUAACAUUUCAGACACUUUUUCAUCAUCAUCAUCAUCAUCAUCAUCAUCAUCAUCAUCAGCGGUUAAAGUUCCAGUUACUAACUGAUGACAGUGAAAACACAAUUUAGACAUGAACUUGUGAUGAACCAGAUGUUUUAGACUGAAGAAGUCAGUCUUAUGAAGCAUUUCUCAGUGUGAGAUCCAGUAUAACUACAGAAAAAUGUUGACAUGUUUUACAACAAAAGGCAAAAAUAAUUGAAUACUGAGAUUUAAGUACCUGAACCUGUUGUUUACUGUGUUUACCUGCAUUCCUGCUUCAUUCUUGUGCUUCGACUGCUGUUAAAUGCAGGUUGCUUUUGGUUAAACGUGUGACAGUCAGACAUAGAUACCAUAUUGAUUAAAGCUGAAAAUGAUUUCAUAAUCUUCUGUUGUAAACUGUUUAUUUGAUUAGAAUAUUUUCUUUCAAAUAUAUAUCUCUUUAAUUUCUCGCAAAGUUUUUUUUAUGGCUCCUAUUUGUUAUUUUCUUUAGGAUCCAUUCUGUCAUUACAGUCUGUGUCUGUGGUUUGGUGAUUAUUGAGGACAUUAGUGUGAAUGAGAGUGUAAUAUCUCAUUUAGACUACAACUUGUACAGAUUCGGGUUUUAUAAAUGAAUAAAGUGCUUCUGAAAACCCA